GUAGUUUGCACCGGUCCCUGCAGGGACUCCAGCUGCUAUUACAGAGCUAUGCGUGUGUUUGGACCCGCCCCACGGGGGGAGAAACUGCGUGCAGCCCGCUUCAACCUCCACACCGAUCCCAGUUUAAACUCCGGCCUGACUCCGUUCCACACAGAAAAGUCAGUCCGUCAUGUCUUGUUUACAUAAGCGUCCGAAAAGGACAAAUUCCGAGGAGCAGUCCUUCCAAGAGCACCUGAAGAAAGUUGCGCAGGAGAAUGGAAAACGCCUCGGUUUGGAGGGGGAUGCUGAUCUCCAGUUCCUGCUGAAUGGGGGGCACCUGGUUAAGAUUCGCUCCAACUCCUGGCAGAAGAACCGCUUCUACAAACUGCAGGAAGACUGCAGGACCUUGUGGCACGAGUCCAAAAAGUUUUUCAAGCGAGAUGGGACCUUCUCCAUCGAUGACAUUGAAUCUGUACGCAAGGGCCGCCAGUCUGAGGGGCUCAAAAAGUACACAGACUCCAGAUUCGAGGACCGGUGCUUCUCCAUCUUCUUCAAGGGACACAAAAAGAACCUGGACCUGAUGGCACCCACAGUGGAGGAGGCAAAGCGGUGGGUCACCAGUCUGGAAAAGGUCAUCAACAACUUGCAAAACCUCAGCCACCAGCAGAAGAGCGAACAUUGGAUCAUCAAUUGCAUGCGCAAAGCAGACAAGAAUGAUGACAACAAGAUGACGCUAAAGGAGCUGAAGCACUUCCUGAGACAGAUCAAUGUUGAAGUAGACGACACCUAUGCAGAGGACAUCUUUAAGAAAUGCGACAAGUCAAAUUCCGGUUCCCUGGAGGGCUCGGAAAUCGAGCACUUCUAUGACCUGCUGACACAUCGUGAGGAGAUAGAUGUGAUCUAUGGCACGUACGCCAAUACAGAAGGUCAGAUGAGCGACAGAGACCUGCUGAACUUCCUGCUAAAGGAGCAAAGGGAGAGGGUGACGCUGGACGCCGCUCACAAGCUGAUCGAGAAAUACGAGAUGGAUGGAGCAGCAAAACGGAGGAAGCACAUGACCAAAGAUGGCUUCCUGAUGUACCUGCAGCACGAGGACGGGUCAAUCUUCAACCCGGCGCACAAGCCCGUGUACCAGGACAUGAAGCAGCCCCUCUGCCAUUACUUCAUAUCGUCCUCUCACAACACCUACCUGAUGGAGGACCAACUCAAAGGGCCCAGCAGCACAGAGGCCUACAUAAAAGCGCUGAUGAAGAGUUGCCGCUGUGUGGAGCUGGACUGUUGGAACGGAGCCAACGGAGAGCCUGUUAUUUACCAUGGCUACACACUCACAUCCAAAGUGCUUUUCAGAGACGUUAUCAAAGCCAUCAAAGACUAUGCCUUCAAAACAUCUGACUACCCAGUGAUUCUGUCCCUGGAGAACCACUGCUCUGUGGACCAACAGAAGCUCAUGGCCCAUCACUUGAUCACUAUCCUUGGGGACGCUUUGGUCACAAAGCCUCUGGGAAACAACAUGCCCUCAAACUUCCCUUCACCUGAGGAGCUGAAGGGCAAGUUCCUUAUCAAAGGAAAACGGCUGAAUAAGCUGGAUGCAGCCUUCACCAACGACAACUCCAUAGAGGAGGACACAGUGUCUGAGGAGGACGAGGCAGCGGACUGUAAGGAGAAUGGCCAAAAGGCGAAACCAAAGAAAUCAAAGAUUAAACUUGCCAAAGAGCUCUCAAAUAUUGUGAUUUACUGUAAGAGCGUCCACUUCAAUGGUUUUGAACAUGCCAGAGACAACCAGGCCUUCUAUGAAAUGUCAUCCUUCAAGGAGAGUAAAGCUUUAAACCUGGCCGAGACCUCAGCCACCGCCUACAUCCAUCACAACAUGGACAAACUCAGCCGCAUAUACCCCGCUGGCUCCAGGACCGACUCCUCUAACUAUAACCCAGUGCCCAUGUGGAACGUUGGCUGCCAGAUUGUGGCGCUGAAUUUCCAGACUCCCUCCAAGGAGAUGCACCUAAACCAGGGCCGGUUUCUACCAAAUGGUUUUUGUGGCUACAUUCUGAAGCCUGAAUUCAUGAGGAAUCUGUCCUCUCAGUUCAACCCCAGCUCACUUGCCAAGGGGCCCUGGCAACAGUGCAAGACUUUUAAUGUCAUGGUAAUCUCAGCUCAGCAGCUACCUAAAAUAAACAAGGACAAGCAGAAGUCCAUUGUGGACCCUCUGGUCAGAGUUGAGAUCUUCGGGGUCCCAUCAGACAACGGCAGCAAGGAGACGCAUUACAUUGAAAACAACGGCUUCAACCCAAUGUGGAAUGAGAGAUUCCAGUUUCUCAUUCAGGUCCCAGAGCUGGCCAUGGUGCGGUUUGUGGUGGAGGACUAUGACACAACCUCCCAAAAUGAUCUGAUUGGGCAGUACUGCCUGCCACUCACCAGUGUUCAGAGCGGAUAUCGACAUGUGCCGUUGCACACCAAGCGUGGGGACGUCAUUCCCUCUGCGGGCCUGUUUGUGCAUCUCAUGCUCCUGGAUUCGAAGUAGGCUCAUAGAGGCAGCCCGCCAUCGUUCCUCCAAACGCUCAACUCAUUUUGUCCUGUUCUAAAGUUCAGCAAAAUGUACCCUAACCAAGUUCAGAAGAGACUUUUUGGAGAAUUUGGUUUUCUUUCCGCUCUUUUCCCUUGCCAAAGACAGCUGCAGCCUCGCAGUUGUCAGUGACAUUUCCUGUGACUUUGUAGUUUUAACCUUACUCAAAAGGGAGUUUGAAAGCCCCUGUAGCGGAACAAAGCAAGAAUGAAUGAAAAUGUGGGUGAAAGAAUGAAUGGGGAGGUAUUAUUUAAAGCCAGCCAUACAACUAUUGUUCAUAAACUGGGGAGAAAGUAUUAUAAUCAAUGUGAGUUUGACAUAGUAGCUUCAGGUUUUGUAGUCUUUUAACAAUAUUUUAUUAUUGCAUAGAUCCCCUUCGACUUAAGGAUACUUAGGGUAACGUACUGUAAAUCAUGCUCAUGGAAAAAGGCAUUCAGACACUUUGGGCUUUGCUAAUAUGUCUUAAUGCUAGUAGGGUAAAUGUUUUUUCCAUCUACAAGGCCAUGUGUGGGUAUUUUUCUUUGUGUGUUUGUCCUGUUUAACAGCAGACUGAAAUGCCAUUUGUUCCUUAUGACUAUUAACACGAGGGGAACAUUUAAGUGAAUUUCUAAAUAUCAAAGCUUAAAACAUAAUGUAUUGUUAAAAAAAGGGUUACAGACUGUCUGCAUGUGCACUAUUCCUCAAAUAAAACCAGUCUCUUCAGCC